GGAAGAAAAAAAAAGAUAUUGCUUAAAAAGAGACUAGAUCCAAAUUCAUAAUUCUUAAGGUAAAUAUAUUAUUAUAUCAGAUAAACAUGCAAAGUAGGUAGCACACACUGCUGAAUUAGACUAAACCCAGCUAACUGCCAAAAUCCCCCACCAAAAUUCUCAUCAUUCAUUACUUUUCGGCAUUAAAACCUUCAACCUUUAAUUUUAUUUCCUUCCCUUCUCCCACUCUCACUCUCCCUCUCCAACCCCAAAGUCCAAUAUCAAACCCAGAAAAUGCCUCCAAAUCUCCGCACACUCCUCUUCCUCUUGGCGACCACGGCCUCCACCUGCGGAGCCAUAGGCGUGAACUGGGGCACGACGGCGUCGCACCCACUACCGCCGACCAAGGUGGUGGAGCUGCUGACGUCCAACAAUGUCACCAAGGUCAAGCUGUUCGACGCGGACCCAGGCGUCCUCGAAGCGCUUUCUGGGUCCAAACUUAGCGUCACUGUGGGCAUUCCCAAUGCGUUGCUUAAAGUUCUCAACUCGUCCAAGAAGGCUGCCGAGAGUUGGGUCCAUGACAAUGUCACUCGCUACUUCUCCAAUAGCGGCGGCGGCGGUGUUAAAAUUGAGUAUGUUGCUGUUGGAGAUGAGCCAUCGCUCCAGAGUUAUGGUGAGCAAUUUCACCCAUUCGUCAUAGGAGCGGCAAUGAAUAUUCACGCAGCUUUGGCCAAAGCAAAGUUGGAGAGCAAUGUGAAAGUGGUCGUGCCUUGUAGUUUUGAUUCCUUCCUAUCAGAGUCUGGCCAUCCUUCAAAAGGACACUUUCGGGCAGACCUCAAUAGAACCAUGAUUGAACUGCUCAUGUUUCUCAGCAAGCACAAUUCACCAUUCUUUGCAACCAUUUCCCCUUUCAUAAGCCUCCGCCAAAACAAAAACAUUUCCCUCGACUUCACUCUAUUUAAAGAGAAUGCAAAACCUCAUAAUGACAGCAGCAGAACAUACAAAAACAGCUUCGACUUGAUCUAUGACACCUUGGUUACAGCUUUGUCAACAGUAGGAUUCCCUAAGAUGGAAAUUGUUGUGUCACAGAUUGGUUGGCCUACAGAUGGAGCGGUAGACGCAACCUCUUCCACUGCAGAGACCUUCAUGAAAGGCCUGAUGGCACACCUUCGUAGCAAAUCAGGAACCCCACUCAGGCCUCAUAAUCCUCCAGUCGAAACAUACAUUUUUAGCCUCUUAGACGAGGACCAAAGAAGCAUAAGCACGGGAAAUUUCGAGCAACAUUGGGGUGUGUUCACUUUUGAUGGUCAAGCCAAGUACCAUUUUGAUUUCAUUCUAGGUUCGAAAAAUCUGGUGGACGCUCAAAACGUUGAGUACCUUCCUGCCAAGUGGUGUGUGGUGAACAAUAAUAGGGACUUAUCUAAUGCAACUGCUAGUGCUUUAGAGGCAUGUUUGCAUGCUGAUUGCAGUGCAAUGUCUCCUGGUGGGUCUUGCUCCAAUAUCAGUUGGCCGGGUAACAUAUCAUAUGCAUUUAACAGCUACUAUCAGCAGCAUAAUCAGAGUGCAGACAGCUGUGAAUUUGGCGGCUUGGGUUUGAUCACAACCGUUGAUCCAUCUGUGGAUAAUUGUAAGUUUUCGGUUCAACUACGCACCUCUCUUUCAGGUUCUCUCCAUCCGGCCUACCUUCCUCUGUGGAUGACCUUGCUAGUACCAACCUUUUUGUUAUCCUUACCCAGAUUUACGUAGAAGAUAGAUUUCGAGGAAAGUUUUGUAGAAAAUAGAUACCCGAGGAAAUUUUUCGCCGCUGUAUGAUCAGUCUGCUGAUCGAUUGUUGCUGGUGUUUGUUGUUGUAACUUAUAUUAGGUUUGAACACUUGUUGAAGUUAUUGCUCUACAAAAGUUCAAUGGCAAAAGAAGGGUUUGGAAAUUCUCUAAAUUUGUUUCUUGUUAGUCUGCCGAGUGGGUGUGCGCAUUUCAAUUUCCCUACUAGUAAGAAAUAAGAUGAGUUGUAUGUGUGGAUUAAGGUCUGUUGGCGGUGGAGUUAUCAUGGGCCGAUUUGUAAUCCAGUGAGAUAUAGGAAAAUUAAUGAAUAUUGAUGAUAUUUAUUGA